GCGGCGCACCUCAUGCCAUUGAAGCAUAUGCAGUCCAUUCUGUGCCAGAGCUUCUGAAACGUGAUUGACAGUGAUCCUGAAAGAUCAUCAACUCGGAACAGCCGAGAAGCUGGAAAAAAUAUAGCGAUCAGGAGGGGUACAUGAGAUUUUCCGAGAGGAGCACAUCCAGCUGGUUCAGCGAUUCAUCCCCUGGUUGGUCAAAGGCUGUGGGAAAUAAAUUAUCAGCUGGAAGCAAAUUGAGGAUCUGCCGCCACAUCGAACGUCAAGCAUUCUGUAACUACUGCUUAAUAAACCUGGAAGAGGUUCGAUCGCGUUGGAUGUUGGCAGCCAGUCGUGAGCGAAAGGUGCCUGUUGUCAUCCUGGGCUAAAAAAAUUGCUGGAGGCGAAUCAGACUGCACGCCUUACAUAUAUCCAGCGAGACACCCAAGGCUUACCACCGAUUUACUGUAGAUGUUGGUCGCUUGCUUGCGAAGAUCCCAGGAGAAGAUUUGAUAUCGUUGGAGAUAUGGGCUUUGCCCUGACUUUCCAUAGUUGGAAUGUAGUAAGACCCUUGGAUUGUCAUUAUCACCAAGCAAAGCCUUUUGCCGGCCAUGACAACUUGCGGGCUGAGUUCUACAUACCUAUACCAGGACGGAAGCCCCCAGAAUGGAUGUGUUGGACAACAGGACUAACUGGAGACACGCAUGUCGGGUUAUAAUUAACUAUCCCAGCAUAUACUCUGUACAACGGUGUCGAUCAGGAUUCAGGCUACUUAUAAGUUAUGCCCGUCGAAUGCACUGUGGGAUGUUGGGACACACAACGGGGCUUACGGACGCACUGCAUAUUUUGUGCAGAAACACAGGGGAUCUUGAUAUCCCGACUUCGGUCAGAAUGAACACCACCCACACGAUGUUGAUGGCUAACUAGCUAAACUAUUUUUGAAAUAGCUACAAGUUGAGGGGGAAUGACGGGUGCAAUCGAGUCGCUUCCCCUGGCCUAAACUGGCGUCGUCGGGGUGUCGCAUCUUUGAAGCCAUCGUCAUCCACAAUGUUCUCAUUGGCACGCUGGCGAGGCGGAUGACUUGGAGGGGCUCUUCGCGUGUCUUGGCUGGCUUGGAACUGGCGGUUGGUUUGCCCACCGGGAUCACGGAGAGAGCGAGAGCCUUUGACAGUUGCGAAACCUCCCCGUCCGCCUCGUUCGCCUGCUGGUUGUGGCUGUACACUCCGCAUUUUUGUUCAGCCAUCAUCUGGAUUCGGUUCUCGACCCUGAUGCCAUCUCGCCCUAAAAGUCAGACGUGGUCCAAUCAGUAUCAUUUUUUUCAAGCCCCUUCAAGCCAUCUGCUUGGACUUCGUUGAAUUCUAGACGAAAUGCACUUUAUUUCAGGUACCAUGCCCUGUUGGGGGGUUGGAGAGGGGGAGGCAAAUUUCUCGAACGAUCCUAGGAUAUAGUCAUGACCCUCGCACCCCUCCCCUUCUGCCGUCUGGGAUUCAACGAGGAGCUGCUGGGUUCGAGUCUUCACAACCGAGCAGGGUCAUGAUACAUCUCAUACCUCACCGUUUGUGUUUGGGUUUCCUUCCUUUACAACCCCAGACAUGGUCGCCGUUCAUUCGUGUUAUAGAGCAACCUUAGCUCUGUACUCAUGAGAAUUCUGCGUACAUUUACUCUUUCUGAAGCUCUGCCGCCCUAAUAUUAGAGCUUGGAGUUUACCUGUAUUCAAGUUCUUGUUACACCUCGUGUCCUAGUUAUUUCACCUUGAUAUAUGAUCCGUACAUAAUCUUCGAUUUAUUCCAGCCCUUAUCCUCUUGGCUUUUCCCUGCUGCAAAUUGAAUCAACAACAGCCGGCGGGGAUUUCCAAAGGUUUCUUUCUCUAGCCAUGGCUACCGCCGCCGCACAAGCAAUGAGCUCUUCUGAACUUCAUAGAAAGUUCAGUAAUCCGAGACCUUCAAUAAAUGUGACCGAUAUUCGACCAGCGGAUAUAUACCCGAGAUAUGAAUCCGAGGAAGAGGAGAUAUCUGAAGCUGAGGUGUCUGGGCGGACGGAGUCUGUAUUUUCCCCCAUAGAAAAUGACAGCGAUACUGGUGUCUCCGAACCUGAAGAGAUGGGCUCCGAUUCACCCCACUUAGUUCACCAGAACUAUACGUCGGAAGACGAAUUUCCUUUGCAAAUUCCCAUUUUCCCAGCCUCAGAAGCAACCAUAUCUAGAGCCGGUUCAAUUAACACCGUCAAAAGGGCCAGCUGUAUCACAUUGAUGCCUCCUCUCCAACCGCAACCGACGAAGCCGAUCUCAAUGGCCUCAUCAACGUCCACGUCAACCUCGCCGCCUAUGUUUCCAGCUAUCGAGCCAAUAUUUUCCACUAACCAUGCCGCAAAAACGGAAGCUCUUCAAUACUUCCGUUCUUUGUAUUCCGAGACAGCAUCCUCGGAUGACGAGGAUGUUGCACAUACGUCCUUUCUCAUUGCAACUCCAGUAUCCUUCUAUGCGCCAGAAAGUAAACCGCAAAUGAUAUCUAUAGAACCUCCAGCUUGCCAAAACUCGAAAGGACGAGCAACAGAAACCGAGCAGAGACGAGAACCUACCAGUAUCACAGGUCAAACGUCCCCCAAGAGUAGUCCCAGCAAUUUAGGCAUGAAAAAUCGCAUUUCUAGCUUGAAGUUAGGAAAAUAUAGCAAAAAACGGAGCUCCACCCAGCCAGCCUCUGAGUCAACCUUUCCUAUAAAAACUAAAUUUUCGAAUGCAUCCAUUCACUCUCUUUCCAAUCUAACCUGGCGUUCUGGAAGCGCUCUCUCCUCGAACUCGGAGCCCGAACCCCAUUGUUCUGCUGCCUCGACGGAAUCGCGCAGUGCAACGCCAUUCCCCCAACAUAGGCGAUCUCUAUUGCCGUCACCUAGGAUGUCAGAGCAGAGGUCUACUAGAAACCGUCACCAGACAACGGAGAGACGAGUCAUAAAUGAAGCUAUGUUUGAGGGAAAUACCCGUGGAACAGAUGAUAGAAGAACUAGUAAGGCCAAAAAGAAGGACAUCAUACCACCCGUACCCCAGAUAACGGGACUUGCGAUCUCGUCAGAUGUUUCGUCCCCAGGUUCUGUUGAAUCAUCUCCAAAUAGCUUUCCAUCCACGCCCUUGCGAGAUCCACGACUCACAGCCAAACCCCCGUUCCCAACACAUGGUGCAUCUCGCCGUGGUAGCAGUAUUAAAAGCCCGAUAAACUCUUCACCAUCGCCUAUCACUCCAAUGGACUUAUCUCCCAAUUUCCCCUUUCCAGACAUACCCAAUUCAGACUCAUUGCAGACAGCAACGAAAAGAAGAGGCUUCCAUGAAAGGACCCACUCGAUCAACAGUUUGACAAGUACAUCCAGCAUGCCAAACUUUGCCUCCCUGGAUAAUUCUUCACCCCGCUCCGCAACCCGCCGAUAUAAACAGCGAUUUUACCCAGCAGACGAUUUCCCAUCCGAACGGCAUCCGUCACAUGAGAGUGUGAAUCCAGCCAUCUUGAAGGCUAACUCCCGGAACACUUACACCUUUACACCGCGUGGAAGCAUAUCCACCGCCAAUCUGAGCAAUUUAUCAUCAGUAUCGACAGCGACCUCGAGAUCUAACUCUCCAGCUGAUGGUAACAAUUUGUCUUGGAAUUACCACACAGGUACCUGGAACCCCUCCGAAGCCCCGAGAGCGGACAGCGUAAAAGCUCCGCUGAGGAAGUCGGCGCACUCGAAGGGUAUUAAACGUCUGUAUGAGACAAGCGAAUCCGUCUCUCGUGUAGGGACUAAGGCCUUUAGCGGCCUUGGGUCUAUCUUGCGGAAGAAGCACGUUGCGUCUGGCGAUGAACGGUGGGGCUGAAAUCGGGUGGUUUAAAAGUUAUGGCGAUUGGAGUUAUCACUUUACGUACUACAGUACAGUUAUAUCAGCGAUUAUUUUGGGGUCUGGCACCUUACCUGGCUCUAUUAUUUCUUUUAACUGGGGAUUUCUUGCUCUCACUUCCUUGCCUGUUGUUCCUGGCGACCCCCUCUAUUUUUCAACCUCCUUCCCUCCCUGUUAUUGGACGACCCCUUCAUUACAAAAUUACUCUGAUAUUUGCCGUCUCUUCCUCUCUCUUGCAAAAAUACAUCACAUCACCGAAUCAAUCCUUGAUCCACCACCGUCCUUAUGCACACUAUUCCAGACUCUGCCUUACCACAUCGGAGUGCCUGAGAUCUGUCACUCCUACCUAAUACCUCCCACACAGCCCUACACCCCAGAUCUAUUCAACCCCAUGCUGAACCUUCGGCAGGAGGUAUCCUCUUUUGAAACAAUACUCGUUCCAAAAUGACGUUUGCCCAAAGUUUCAUCUUCUGUCUUCGUUAACCCUGGUCGAAUAUGUUUUGGAUUUUAGGUUUCCUUUUUUUUUCUUUUUCGAUUUCUUGUUGUUAUUCUUUUCCCCUUCUGUCAGGAACAUGUGUAUUCAUACCCAGGAGCGUGUUGUCUAUUGUGGUGAUACAGCUGCUUCAUUUAUUUCACUUAAUAUUAUAUUUAGUUAAUUAUCUGUUCUCGAGUUGAUAUUGAAUAGUAGUUAGUUAUAUAAAUAUGAGACUAACUUUCCAUACCUC